GCUUUGCUGUGACCCGGAGACUUCCAGGCAAGAGGUUACUUGUGCAGUAGAACGGCAGGGCUUCUCCUUAGAAACCAUGGCAGAAACGCUCGCCAUUGACCCCAGCAAGAUGGGGGAGGGCCGGGCCAUCGCAGUGCUGACCUCGGGUGGCGAUGCUCAGGGCAUGAAUGCAGCCGUGAGGGCUGCGGUUCGUGUGGGACUCUACACUGGAGCCAAAGUGUAUUUUGUCCAUGAGGGUUACCAGGGCCUGGUGGAUGGCGGAGACAACAUCCGUCCUGCCACGUGGGAGAGCGUGUCCAUGAUGUUGCAGCUGGGUGGAACGGUGAUUGGGAGUGCCCGCUGCCAGGACUUCCGCACCAAGGAAGGUCGUACCAAGGCGGCGUAUAACCUGGUCAAGCUGGGCAUCACCAACCUGUGUGUGAUAGGAGGUGAUGGCAGUCUGACCGGUGCCAACCAGUUCCGGACUGAGUGGAGUCAGCUGUUAGCAGACUUGGUCAAAGCUGGGCAAAUCACCACCAGUGAAGCCAAGCAGUCGUCCCACCUGAACAUCGUGGGCAUGGUGGGCUCCAUCGACAAUGACUUCUGCGGCACUGACAUGACCAUCGGCACCGACUCCGCCUUGCAUCGUAUCAUCGAGAUCGUGGACGCCAUCGCCACCACAGCGCAGAGCCAUCAGAGAACGUUCAUCCUGGAGGUAAUGGGCAGGCAUUGUGGUUACCUGGCUUUGGUGACGGCUCUGGCGUGUGCUGCUGACUGGGUGUUCAUCCCCGAGAUGCCCCCAGAGGAGGACUGGGAGGACCAUCUGUGCAGACGACUCACUCAGCAAAGACAACUUGGCAACCGUCUGCAUAUCAUCAUCGUGGCAGAAGGAGCCAUGGACCUGAACGGCAAAGCCAUCAGCUGUGAAUAUGUCAGACAGUUGAUCACAAAAAGGCUUGGCUUCGACACCCGCACCACCAUCUUGGGUCACGUACAGAGAGGCGGAACCCCCUCGGCUUUUGACAGAAUCCUGGCCAGCAGGAUGGGCAUGCAGGCAGUGAUGGCACUGCUGGAGGCGACACCUGACACCCCCGCAUGUGUGGUCACCUUGUCGGGAAACAUGGCGGUCAAACUGCCUCUGAUGGAGUGCGUGCAAGUCACCAAGGACGUGACCAAGGCCAUGUCGGAAAGAAGAUUUGAAGAUGCAGUGAAGCUCCGCGGAAAGAGCUUUGAGCAUAACUGGAACACGUACAAAAUGCUGUCUCACAUCCACCCUCCCGAUGUGAAGAGUAAUAUCAACAUAGCGGUACUCAAUGUGGGAGCCCCCUGUGCCGGCAUGAAUGCCGCCGUUCGUUCGGUGGUCAGAACCGGCCUCCUGCAGGGCCACCAGAUGCUGGCCGUCCACGACGGAUUUGACGGCUUGGCCCACGGGAUGAUUGAACCGAUUGGCUGGACUGGAGUGGCUGGAUGGAUUGGAAAGGGUGGCUCCCUCCUUGGCACAAAAAGAUCCCUGCCAAGUGAGUUCAUGGAGGACAUCAGCUUGAACAUCACCAAGUUCAACAUCCAUGGUGUAGUCAUCAUUGGAGGCUUUGAGGCCUUCGUCGGGGGUCUGGAGAUGGUGCAGGCUCGACAAACCUACGAGGAAAUGUGCAUCCCUCUGGUAGUCAUACCUGCGACCAUCUCCAACAACGUUCCUGGAUCUGCCUUCAGCAUCGGCUGCGACACCGCUCUCAAUACCAUCACCUCUUCAUGUGAUCUGAUCAAGCAGUCUGCAGCGGGCACCAAACGUAGAGUGUUCAUCGUAGAGACCAUGGGAGGAUACUGCGGUUACCUGGCAACCAUGGCGGCCUUGGCAUCAGGCGCUGACCACGCUUACAUCUUUGAGGAGCCCUUCAACAUUCAUGACCUGAAGGUGAACGUGGAGCAUCUGGUGGACAAGAUGAAGACCACAGUGAAGAGAGGACUAAUUCUCAGAAAUGAGAAAUGCAACCCCAACUACACCACAGACGUUCUCUACAAUGUGUACUCGGAGGAGGGCAAGGGUAUCUUUGACUGCAGGAAGAACAUACUGGGACACAUGCAGCAGGGUGGAACCCCCAGCCCCUUUGACAGGAACUUUGCCACCAAGAUGGGGAUCAAGUCUGUUUUGUGGCUGACUGACAAACUGAAGGAAUGCUACCGACACGGUCGUAUCUUUGCCAAUUCUCAAGAUUCUGCUUGUGUGCUGGGCAUGAGGAAGAGAUCUUUGAUUUUCCAGCCACUGGCAGAGCUUAAAGAAAAGGCCGACUUUGAACACCGUAUUCCAAAAGAGCAAUGGUGGCUAAAGCUCAGACCCAUCCAAAAAAUCCUGGCCAAGUACGACAUCGCCCUGGACACCUCCCUCAUGGCUGAACUGGAGCACGUCAUCAAGAAGACGGGCCGUGUUUCUCAGUAGAUUGGUGUACAUUCUGAGCAUCGCAUCUCCAUCUCUCCUGUUGACCCCAUGGCCUGACAAAGGGCAAAUAAAAUGCAUCUAAAUAAAGAGCU